GAAUCGGCAGUAGAUGAUGAACUGAAUGACCCAAAAAGCAGCGACAAGAAUGCUGCACAUCUGGCAUUUCCCUCUGCACAACGAAGAAAGCAGAUACGAGAAACAGAAUCACCGAUUGUACCGCCACCGGAAUUUCAUGCAAGAAAAUCAGGCGACUAUUCAGAUGUCGACGACUAUAUCAUCGACCAACCGGUCAAGGAAAAAAUUGAGGGACAUUCCGGAAUUUACGUCAAAACGAAUCGUUUGUAUCGACGAUCGAUGAGCGUGCGAGAAUAUCGUGCACUUGCCAAAAGGAUGCCUGGCCCAAAGGUGUAUGGUGCUGACACACCGGGUUCGAUAUGUGACAAAGAUCUUGCGGAAUUCAACAUGAAUAAUCUGGGCACGGUGCUCGAUUUGCUCGAUGAAAGUGGAGUGAAAAUCAAAGGCGUGAAUACUGUCUAUUUAUAUUUUGGUAUGUGGAAGGCAACAUUUCCGUGGCAUCCCGAAGAUAUGGAUCUUUAUUCCAUCAAUUAUGUGCACUUUGGUGAACCAAAGGUUAGCGACGAAACGCUAUUUUUUUGCUCCCGUCUCGCUUCAUACACUUUUUUCUUGAUAAAAUAG